CAGAGUCGUACCAAAAUCGAAAUUGUGAAAAAUAUUUUCCAAAAUUAAAAUAAACGAUAAAAUAACCUAACCUGAUCAUAAAGCCCUAACAAGUUUAUAACAAAAAGCUUUUUACGUAGCAUGCUCUGACAUAAUUUUGGUCUCGUUAAUAGUUAAAAAAAAAUUUUUUUCUGACAAGUAUCAAAAAGAGAAAUAGUUUAGACACAUUGGGCCGUAUGAAUAAAACGUAGCAUGCUUGAAUCUCGGUAGUAAAUGCUACGUGUGGAUCACGUUCCUGUCAAAACAUGCUACAAACUGUAGUAUUUACUACAAGUUUUCGGUAGGUAGCUCUAGAGGUUGCUACUCGUGUGUUUGCUGAUAAAGUGAAGUACAGAAAUUAAAAAAGUGGCAUUUUUACAGAUGUAAGUACGUUUCUUGCUUUGUGCAUGCUUAUGCCAGCUUUUCCGGCUCUGUGUCGAUACGGUAUACAGUAAAUGCUCAAUAUUCGAACUUGUUUUUUAUUCAUACCAAACCGCGUUAUACUCUGUGGACUUUGUUUUUGAGAAGAUACUACAAGGGGACGGGUAUAGCGUGAUGGGUAAGUCGAUGCCUUUCACGCAGCCCGCCUGGGUUCGAUUCCUAACCCCGCACAAAGGCUCAGAAAGUUUUUCUGGCCCGUAGAGGCGAAUGGCAUUAAUGUUAAAGCCUCUAUAAUCGAAACAAAAAAAAAAGAUACUACAAACAACAGACUUUACUACAUUUUAUUCAUACGGCCCAAUGUGUUGAUCGGGAAGCUCUGUCAAUAUGGUUGUGAAUGGUUUAAAAUUUUGGAAAAAUUACUCGACUUUCAAUCAACGAAUUGUGAUGAAAUCGGACACAUUAUCUUUGUUUGGUCUCUAAAUGUGCUACUACUACUGUUGUAGGGACACGAAAGCUCUAUCAUACAGCGACAGCAGAUCUCACUCUAACUAAUGGUUUUCGUAUACGAAUAUGACUACUGGAGCCGUUAACCUAUAUCUCAAGACGAAAAACAAAAAAAUAUUCAAGUUCUGAUAGCAUCCUCGGUUCGAGCUACAAACCGAAAAGAGUUCGUUUCUGAAAUGAAUAAUCAGUUCAAAUAGUCCCCUCUGCGGCUGCGUUUAUUUCUUAUACAUGCAUCCGCUGCAGAACAUUGAUAAGAGUGGCAUUAGCGCAAUUUAAAUAAUUUAAUCAGUUCUGAUACGCCAUGCGUUCUGUUUGAUCAUCCGUUCAAAACAAAAGUUUUUUUUUAAACCGUGUUUAAAUUCAACAAAUUGUUUAACGAUGCACCGAAUCCAAUUACAAAUAAUUUCGGUCAGUUUCGUAUCAAUGCUGCUACUGGUACUUGAUUCAAUAAAGCAAAGUGAUGCCAUUGUCGGCGGGAUAAAAUCGGCCCCACCGCCAAUCGAUGAUCCAGUGGUUUUCGUAAGAUAUGUCGGACAAUCUGCCCGGCUAGAAGGAAGUCUAAAUCGGCAAACCGGACUUUACUCCUUCCGUGGAGUACGAUAUGCGGAUGCUCCUACUGGAGAGUACCGCUAUCAGAGACCUCGAUUUAAGCGUCUCAGUGGAGACAUAGAUGCUAUCAAUAAUGGUCCACCAUGUCCGCAACCAGAGCCAAAUAAUCCCUACAAAGUAAUCGGCAACGAGGACUGCUUGUUACUGAAUAUUUAUACUCCACAAAUGCCCGAUGAGACCACCGGUUUACCGGUGAUAGUGUGGAUCCACGGCGGAGGCUACCGCUAUGGAUCAGCGGCUCAAUAUGGAGCAGAACCGUUGACGCAAAACGGUGUAAUUUUUAUUCCAAUUCAGUAUCGUUUAGGAUCAUUCGGCAUUGUCGGUGACGGUAGUCGUGAUUUUUCUGGAAACCUAGCCUUACUAGACAUGGCCACCGCCGUUCGCUGGGUGAAGGAUUACGUUUCGUGGUUUGGUGGAGAUCCCAACCAAAUUAAAGUGAUCGGCCACGGAUCUGGUGCAACCGCUGCAAUGAUUUUAUCGUCAGCCACCAUGGCUCGCAGUGCCAUUGGCGGUGUAGUGGCAAUGUCCGGAUCAUCGCUGCAGCCAAAUUCGUACGAUUCAGAACCUGUUACAUCGUUGAACGAAAUUGUGUCAAAACAUAAUUGUUCUGCUGGAAACGAAACAGAAAUUGUGCGGUGCAUGCGAGGGAAAUCGGUUCAUGAUAUCAUCAAUGUUGAUAGCGAGCUACAAGUGAGUCGUUUGAGUGAUCAAAGAGCGGUGAAAUCAUUGACCGCAAACGUUGGAAUAAGUCCAGCAAUUGAGCAGACAGAUGAUGAUCGAGGAUUGCGUGGUAUUCUUGUGGAGGAACCCUCGGUUACUAUUAGUAAAGAAACAAAUACACGAAACAUCCCUUUGUUGAUAGGGGUGUCCAAAGAUGAAACAGCCAAUGGAAUCGACAUUAAAGAAAUUGAAACAAAAUUCGGCACUGCUACAAAUUUUUUGAAAACUACUAGCGAAAUUGUUGGUCUGAAAAACUUUUUAAAACUAAAUAAAUCAGUUGAUAUGUUAGACUCCCUGGGCAGUGUUCUGGAUUUGUCAAAAUAUUUGGAAAUACCAAAAUCAUGGAACGUGACGCAAGUCUUCGACAAACUCGUCGAGGCGACUACCGAUGCUGUAUUCAAUCUUCCGGCUAUAGUGACAGCACAGUCCUGGAGCAAAGCUGGCAAAUCAUACUUCUAUAGCUUUGAACAUCGUUCGGAUAACACUAGAGGGAGCGAUUUUCUUAGCGGCCUGCCGUUAGUAGCUAAACAAAGCUCUGAUAGGCGAAAAGAUGCAGUAGGACAUGGUGAUGAAUUGGGUAUACUUUUUGAUACGCAUGAUAUUCACGGUAAUUUGAUCACCAAAGCGGUAAUCAAAUCAAAGCGAGACUUGAAUGCAAGACAGGCGUUUGUAGCGUUUAUAGCAAAAUUCGCUUAUAUGAACAGUAGUAACUCCGAGGACGACAGCCUAUUUAAAGCUUUCUCUAGCAAAGGUACUCCGUACACCAAAAUCGGUGAAAAAGCAACGUUGAACAAUGAUUUUAGAUUUUGUCAGUUAUCGAUUUGGGGUGCUCAAUUGGAAUCGAUAAAAUCGAUAUCGUGUAAAUUUUUGGGAGAUGGUCUUGAAAAUUUGGGCAAAGCUGUUGGUGGACUUACUGGACUCCUCGGUGGACAAAAACCUUCAAUUCAAAAACCUGCUAAAGUGCUUGGAAUCAUUUGAAAACCUUACGGAUAGUGUAUGCAUGACAUAAUAACUACAAACAAAAUAACUUUUUUACCACAUUAAAAAGCAAAACAAAAACUAAUAUAGAAGCAAAAGAAAGUAUGAAUGAUAUAUGUUUGAGUCAAUAAAUCAGUAAUCUCUUUGAACAAUCUUUUCAACAUCCUCACACGAAGUCAGAAUUUGAAAAUUAUUAAAUCGGAUCUACUGUUUACUUUUUUGACAGGACUGACAGUUGAGUUCUGGUAGGUUGCGCACAGUGUGAUAGUGUAUCACCAAAUUCGGCAUCAAGUACAGUGGUUCUUCUUUUUGUGCUGUUGAUAAGUGUGCCAAAAUGAGAAAAAGACCGCCGUCACUACGCUUCGUUCUUUUGGCAGUUCAGUUAAGACACGGUACUUUACGUAUGCUUUUUUGGAACCAUUAGGUGGCGUUGGCAAUUCCACGUAAACAGUUAAUGCACUAAUGAGUCAAAGACAAAUUAUUGAAAUAAGAAAAUAGUUAAGUGCACGCAACAAAAACCGGUAUUUAUUCAGAACCAAAACCCCUAAAUCGUUAUAAACAUUGUUCAAAUUCGAAAGCAUAGUAUUGGUACUACAUUCCGUAGUGAAAGUUUAAUUUUGCAGUACGGUUGCAUAAAUAAUAUUACGAUUCUCCAGACACUAUAGGUUCGACACGUGACAACAAGUUUGUAAGGCAAGCGUCCGUACUACAUCGCUAGAAACUACAAAUGCUAUUCAUUUUUUGCCUUUCUCAUAUAGAAAGGUUAUGCAAUCACUGUGAAAACCGACUUUCUAACCGAGGCCCGGAGGACCAAAUGUCAUAGACCAUUCGGGUUGUCUGUGUGUAUGUGUGUGUAUGUAUGUGUGUAUGUAACAAAAAUGUGCACUCGAUUUUCUCAGAGAUGGUUGGACCGAUUUUCACAAACUUAGAUUCGAAUGAAAGAUCUCUUAGUCCCAUUAGUCAAUUGCUAUUGAAUUUUACCCGGAUCGGACUUCCGGUUCGGGAGUAACGCGCUAAAAUACGCAAAAAAUGAAGAAAGAGUGCACUCGUUUUUUUUCAGAUACCGCUCAACCGAUUUUCAUAAACGAAGAUUUAAAUUAAAGGUCUAAUAGUCCCAUAGGUUGCUAUUAAAUUUCAUCUGGAUCCAACUUCCGGUUCGGGAGUAACGGGGUAAAAUGUGCAAAAAGAACUAAAAACGUGCAAUUGAUUUUAUCAAAGCCCGCUCAUCCCAUUUUCAUUAGCGUAAGUUCAAAUGAAAGGUCUUACAACCCCAUAUAAUCUUACCAAAUUUUAUCUGGAUACGAUUUUCGGUUCCGGAAUUACAAACUAAUGAGUAUAUAAAUUUCAUUAUAAGCGACGUGUUUUUAUACAUGACACGGAAAAUUCAAUCAAAUACAUUCAAACAGCCGUGUAAUUCUUGAAUUGAACUGAUUUGGAUAGUGUCAUACGGGAUUCCUGAAUUUUAUCCUGAUCCGACUUCCAGCUCCAAAACUAUAGGGUGAAGUGUGUUUCAAAUUUUAUACCAUCACUUAAAGCGGAGAAACCAAAUACGCAAAAAACUACAAGGAUCAGCCCCAUGGGGUUGUUCGAGCCAUUGAUGUGGAACAAGGCAACCAAAAUAUCUAAUUAUCUACAAUCAAACAGUUCAAUCAAUCGUCACACUUUUGAAUCCGCAAUUGCACGAGAGUCUGUCUACAUUGAUCUUGAUCAGGAACCAACACCGAACAUUGUUUGUUUUAUAACCGACGAAAUUACACCAAUAUCCCAAAUGUAUGCAAUUAUAUCUUUGUACAUACCUGCGACACGAUUUUGAUAUUAAAACUUCUCUUCGCCAAGCUUGCGUUCAAGUUUUGCAUGCAAGAAAUUAUUUUUAUAGCGUUAAGUUUCUCCACCAUUCUGCGAUUUCGGUUGAAGCGAUAAACUUUUUCUCAUUAUCAAUCGAGUUCAUAUUAUAUAAACUAGAAAUUAAUCUUAACCACUCAAAAUUUACCCUGGGGUAGAUAUCAAUUUCUCAGGCGAAACCACAUUACAUGGAAUUUCAUCCGAGCUUGCAUGACACAAGAUCAGAUACCAAUUAAAGCUUUAAAUCGUUUUAUGGCACUUUUUGUCUUGCUAUCUAGCUACAACCUACCUCUAGCAUGCUACGCGUAGGACUGAAACGUUAGCUAUAAUUUUGCUUCUAUUUAUAGACUCGCGUGCUUCCAACAGUUUCGCUUUUGCAUCGAUUGACCAGUCAGAGCGAUGCUUUCACUUUGAUGUAUCGCUUUUUCCUUCCAAACCGUCGUCUAUGACAGGGAAAUCCGAUAUGCCGGAGAUUUUUAGCAAACAAAACAGGACACUGUUCGAUACUAAUCAAAAUUUCAAUCAUUUAUAAUUGAAAAUACGUGGCUUGAUACAUUCAAAUCGAAUCGUAGAAAUAUUUCCAAUCAAAUAAUGAAAUAACAUUAACAAUUGAUACAAAAUAUACUGAGCUGUGAGUGUUUAAAACCUGACCACAUUUCUACGUGUAUUUUUCCUUGAGUUUCUAAAUUGCACCCCUAUAUAGAAAAUAAAGAUGUGUUCCACAUCAAAAAUCUAAAUCAACAUCAAAACUGCUCCAAUCGGUAGUCAUUAUCAGUAGACGGCCAAACAAAGCGAUUCUGGUUAUUCCUUCAAGAAUCGGAGAAAAAUAUUUUGAAGAAUACCACAGUAUUAUAUAUAACUCUACGAUUGAUAUGAGAAAGGCAUUAUUUCCCACUAGGUGUCCGGCUCAUUGCUCCAUUCCAGGCAAUGAAAGAACCGAUAGUUUAGUCAAACGUGGUGGUAUUGCAGAUGAAAUUUGUGAGAGACCGAUUGCUUUCAACGAAUUCUAUAGCGCGUCUCGCCAAAGAACACCUGCCAGCUGACAAGCUUCUUGGGAUAAAGAUGAUCUGGGUCGGUGGAUGCACUCAAUUAUUCCUAAAAUAUCGACAAAGGCAUGGUCCAGGGGACUGGAUGUGAGUAGGGAUUUCAUUCGCGAGAUGUCCAGACUCAUGUCCAAUCACUACACGUUAGAUGCACAUCUCCUUCGAAUUGGACCUUCCGAGACUAAUCAUUGUGCUUGUGGCGAAGGUUAUCGCGAUAUUGAUCAUGACGUUUGGACAUGCGUGGAGUAUCGUGAUCAGAGGUUGAAAUUGUCACGCAUUCUCAAUGAAAGAAACCAUUCCAACAACCUCAUUUUCCAUAUUUUACUGUCUCAUUCGUAAAUGACCGACAUCAGUACAAACGAAGAGAUACGAAGCAUUUUCGUUUCUCAUUGAAAAAAUGAGAGAGUAUAAUUGUCAAUGUCACUCUUUCCUCUAUGACAAGACGAAACCAAACUAGCGUCUUCAGGGAACCACAGCAGAAUUGCAAUUCUCAUUCUUUCAUCGAUGUAUUGAAAAUCUGUGACGCUUGGCUAUAAAGAGUGACUAAAAUAUGACAAAUCGAAGUAAUUACAUCCCAGAACCUUUUUGGAAAUCAAAACUACUACAAAUUCGAGCGCCAACAAGUAAAAGUCAUUGUAACACCUUUUUCUAUUUCGGUUGAAUACCGACACUGUAUACUACGGGAUUUUCACUGAAAAAAGCAAAUGACUGCAAGGGCAAAUGAAAUAAAGAACACAAUUUUAAAACUACUAUCCCGCUUAUGUCAUUGACUUUACAUGGAUUUCGUUCUCACGGUUUGCAAGCGAAGCUGAGAGUGACAGUAAUUUCUCGUCAUUUUCGUCUAUUUUGAGUUAAUGAAAAUGACUUUUAUUAGCUCUGAUCGUGAUGUCAGAUCUCAACUAAUAAAUUCCUUACGUACCCAAGGUAGACUAUCCAAUGUUCGCGACAUUCUUACAUGUCGUGACCUUCUUUUCAUGAAACUUCUUUAUCAUUUCAUUAAGUCCAUUGGAGUUCCAAUUUAAAUUUUAUUUUAUGUUCGACUGUUUUCUCUUCCAUGAGUUCAACCAAUAGCCAACUAUACGAUAUUAAAUAAAAGUGAUGAACUGAUGCAAACAAACUUGAAAUAGUUAUUAGAUCAUGUACAAAAUGAAAGUAUUUCAUUUAAUGUAAUUUAUAAUAGCAAAUCGCUUUAUAAAAACAGUGUUUAGAUUAACUAAUGAAUACCAAAAUAUUAAUAUGAUUUUCGAAAUUUAUUAAGUUUAAAUUACUAUGUAUUGUGGAAGCCCCGGCGAAGAAAAACUUAUGUACAUUGCCUAUGAAAUAAACGUAUUCAUGGGAAAAACCCCACUAGGUGUAUUAAAACAGUUUUUUGUAUUUGAACUAGUAAUACUUUCAAACGAAUAGAUUUCGAAUAUACAGGGUUAUUUUAGCAAAUGGUACAACUGUUUAAUACCGGCUGUCGAUGGAACGUAAUUCAGGUGGUUUGGUGGAUUCAUGUUCUUGAGGAUAAAAUGCAUCAAUAUAGCCUCAUAGCAAUCACAAUAAUAGUAUGAAGCUAAAUUCGGUCAAAAUAAUACUGCAUCAAAAUCGGUAGAGGACUUAUUUGGAUACAUAGAUCAUCAUUGAUAACGCCUGUUAUAGCGAAAAUUUCACUUCAUAGCGGUUUAGGAAGUUUAGAACCUUAUUUGCUUGUAAUCCAACACGCGACACUCACGUGUUGAAAUGUUGGAAUGAAAUUAUUACCCGAAAAAAAUAUAUUGUAGAAAAACAAUACGAUUUGUUAUUACAAAACCUUCCACAAUUUUGC